ACUCAGGAUCACAGUAUUUACAACAUGAGACCCAGGAGGACAAGCUGAAGAGGGAGGCAUCAGCUGGUGAGCUUGAGUUGAAGAUGGAAAAAGAAUUAAAAGAGAUAUUAAGACAGAAGAUGAUGAAACAACUAAAGGAGAAAGACACACAACUGGAUGAUAUGAUCCAGGAAGUGAGAGAGAAAGAGAGACUCCUGGAUGAUAUGACCCAGGAAGUGAGAGAGAAAGAGAGACUCCUGGAUGAUAUGACCCAGGAAGUGAGAGAGAAAGACACACAACUGGAUGAUAUGACCCACGAAGUGAGAGAGAAAGAGAGACUCCUGGAUGAUAUGACCCAGGAAGUGAGAGAGAAAGAGAGACUCCUGGAGGAGAAGAACCAGAUAAUGGGACAGAGGGACAAACUAUUAGAAGAGAAGGACAAGCAACUAAAGGAUAGAGACUUUCAACUAGAGGCUCUGAGAAAGAACCUGCAGGACAAGAACAGCCAAGUAGAGAACUUCAGAGUCCGUCUGCAGGAAAAAGACCUUCAACUAGAGGACAGCAACCACAGACUGGGAGAGAAGGACAGACUACUGGAAGAGAAAGAGAACCAACUAAAGGAAAAAGACCUUCAACUAGAGGACAGAAACCACAGACUGGGAGAGAAGGACAGACUACUGGAAGAGAAAGAGAACCAACUAAAGGAAAAAGACCUUCAACUAGAGGACAGAAACCACAGACUGGGAGAGAAGGACAGACUACUGGAAGAGAAAGAGGACCAACUAAAGGAAAAAGACCUUCAAGUAGAGGACAGAAACCACAGACUGGGAGAGAAGGACAGACUACUGGAAGAGAAAGAGAACCAACUAAAGGAAAAAGACCUUCAACUAGAGGACAGAAACCACAGACUGGGAGAGAAGGACAGACUACUGGAAGAGAAAGAGGACCAACUAAAGGAAAAAGACCUUCAAGUAGAGGACAGAAACCACAGACUGGGAGAGAAGGACAGACUACUGGAAGAGAAAGAGAACCAACUAAAGGAAAAAGACCUUCAACUAGAGGACAGAAACCACAGACUGGGAGAGAAGGACAAACUACUGGAAGAUAGAGACAAACAACUAAAGGAUAGAGACAUUCAACUAGAGGACAGAAACCACAGACUGGGAGAGAAGGACAGACAACUGGAAGAGAGAGACAAACUACUGGAAGACAGAGACAAAGUACUGGAGGGAAAAGAAAACGAACUAAAAGAGAGAAGACAGGAAGUAGAAGAGAGGAGACAGGAAGUAGAAGAGAAAGACAACCUACUAGAGGAGAGAGAGAACCAGUUAAAGGAAAGAGACAAACAGGUGGAGGAUGUCAACAAUGAAAAUGCUGAACUGGCUCAACAGAUAUGUGAUGUGAAGACUGAGGUAGAGAGACUGAGAAGAGAGAUCUCAGCCCAGAUGACUGAACAUGGAGAGAUGUCAGAUACAGGUUCCAUCCUCCCAGUCAGGAGGAGACACAGCCUGGAGUUUCCUCUAAACAUGAGAGGAGAGACCUCAGAUACAGACCCCACACUUCCACUGAGGAGGAGACACAGCAUGGAGUUUAUUCCUCCAGAUAUGGGAGGAGAGAGCAGCAGUCCAGACUCCCCAGUGUCUCCCAGUGUGUCUGAGCUGAGACUGGUGCUGCUGGGGAGGACUGGGGCUGGGAGGGGUGCUGCAGGAAACACAAUCCUGGGCAGAGAGGAGUUUGGGGCCCAGGCCAGCCCCUCUGCAGUGACCCAGAGGAGUAAGAGGAGAGAGGGGGACGUGUGUGGGAGACGGCUGGUGCUGGUGGACACUCCAGACUGGUUCUGUCCUGGACUCUCUCUGGAGGAGAUGAGACAGGAUUUGGGGCUCUGUGUCCGUCUGUCUGCCCCGGGACCCCACGCCUUCCUGCUGGUCAUACCAGUGGAGACCUCCAAGGGGGAGGAGAGAGGGGUGCUGGAGAGAAUAGAGGAGAUGUUUGGGGAGGGUUGUUGGGGACACACUGUGAUUCUAUUCACCCAUGAUGAUGGCCUGAAAGAGCAGAGCAUUGAGGAGUUUCUCCAAGCAGGAAGUCAGGACCUCCAGCAGCUUGUAGCGAAAAGUGGGAGCAGGUACCACGUCCUCAACAUUAAGGACAGGGCCCAUGGCACUCAGGUAUCAGAGCUGCUGGAUCAGGUAGAGGAGAUGGUGGCAGGAAACAGAGAGAGAUUCUACAGCAGUCAGACCUACCAGGAGGCAGAGGACCAGGUUAGAGAGAUGGAGAGAAAGAUCCAGAGAGAGAGAGGAGAGAAGAAACAGAGGGAGGAGAGAGACUUUAGAGAGAGUCUUCAGAAGGAGUUGCAGGACUCUCUGAUAAAGAUAGAGGGAGUGAUCCAGGAACAUGAGGGAGAUAUCAGAACACUCAGUGAAAGAACCAGUGAACUGGAGAGACAGGUGAAAGAAGAGAGAGAUGAGGAGAAGAAAAGAGAGCUGGAGAGGGAGCUGAAGAGGGAGUCUGAUAGGAGGGAGGAGAUGGAGAGAAAGCUGGAGAGAUUUAGAGAGAAGAGAGAGAAUGAGAGGAGGGAGAUGGAGGAGAGACACAGACAGGAGAUAGAGGAGAUGAUGGAGAACUAUGAAGGAGAGGUCAGAGUUGAAGCAGAGAGAAACCUGAUGAAGAUAGUCCUACCUGAGUUACAGAGGAACAUCAUGAUCUCACAGACAAAGAUGCAGAGGGAGUUCAGCAGACAGAUGGAGGAGAAGAAUAGACAGAUGAAGGAGAAGGAUAGAGAGAUAAAGAGACUGAAACAGAACUCAGAGGAGGUGUAUAUAAACAGUGAGAUGAGCAGACAACAUGCACAGCGAGAACCAAUACGAAUUAGAGGAGGAAGAGACGGAAGAAGGAUGAGUAGGAUGAGACAACUGUUUUGUGUAGGGGUUAGAGAGGAGACUAGUUAGAGACAACUGUUUUGUGUAGGGGUUAGAGAGGAGACUAGUUAGAGAGAACCCCACUGUAUUUUCCUCCACUGUGAGAGAAACAUAGCAGUGUUAUUAUUUUACCACAGUCACACUGUUGUUUUCUAUUUGCUGACCUUCAUCAAUCAAAGUUCAUCAGGAUACUGCUCUUGUUAUGAUGUUAUGUUUCAAGUUGAAACCUUAAACACAUCUCUACAGUUCUCGCUAGUGGACAGACAGGCAAUGCUCUGCUCACGUAACAUUUGGUUCAGGGUUCAGAGGUCACAGUGAAGGAUUGAUGAGUCAUACAUGUGUUUAUUAUGGUAUGUUAGUUGAGCCCAUUAUCCAGUGGGUAGUAAUCUGUGAUGUGGAUGUAGCUUCCAGUUACCAUGGUGAUGUCUCAUAUUGAUGCUGGGAAAUUAUCCCAAUGGAACUCUGAUACCACAUGAGACUGACAUUGUUGAAAUAAAGAAAUUUCACUUUGUAAGA